AUGACUGCGUAUCCUUUGGCGUUGCCUGCUGGGAAUCCCCUCAUUACUUUAACCCACCCUAAAAAUUCGCUUUGGAUCAUUGAACUUCAUAAUGGCCAAGAUUCGCGUCUGACACAUGAACUCAUUAAUGAAGGCCUGAAGCCUGCUCUGGACGCUGUCGAGAAAGAAUGGCGAGAGAGUUGGAGAAUCCAUAUGAAGGACCAGAAGGCGAACAAGGGAGAAGGGAAAGGCGCGUUGAUAAUAGUCGGUCGACGGGACCAAGAUAAGUUCUUCAGUAACGGCCUAGAUUUUGCUAAUUCGCAAAAGGAUCCUAAUUUUUUCCAACUAACCUUUGAUCCUCUUCUUGAGAGGAUCUUGACCUUCCCGAUCCCAACCAUAGCAGCCAUCAACGGGCAUUGCUUCGCAGGUGGCUUCAUGCUUUCCAUGGCCUGUGAUUAUCGCGUCAUGACAGAUGGGAGCUCGCGACGAGCAUGGUUAUCCAUGAACGAGGUGCAUUUUGGUGCACCGUGGCCUAUCUCUUUUGCUGGGAUUGUUCGUUCCAAGUUCGGAAAUGACCCACUGAAAAGGAAGAUGGCGUUAGAGGGUCAUCGCUUCACCCCUCAAGAGGCGCUUGAGGUAGGUAUCGUUGACUAUGUAGUCAAUGGGAACACAGCUGCGGUCCUGGCUCGGGCAGAACAAUUGGGUGAUCAGUGGUCUGGAAAUGCGCAGGGAGGUGUGUGGGGAUCAAUUAAGUCCGAACUCUAUCGUGAUGUCUUGGAAACAAUCCACAAGGAUGCAAGGCCUCGCAAUCCUCUGCAUGAUGAUGCCGCUGCUAAAGCGAGACUGUGA